AUGAGCAGCUCGCACCGUCCUAUUGUGCUCUCCGGCCCAUCCGGCGUAGGGAAGAGCACAUUGAUUAAACGCCUCUUUGACGAAUUUCCUUCCCAGUUCGGCUUCAGCGUCAGCCACACCACCCGCCAUAUGCGCCCCGGCGAGGUUGACGGCAAAUCCUACUAUUUUGUGCCGCGCGAAGAGUUUCUUGCGCUAGUCGACCAAGGCGCAUUUCUAGAGCAUGCCGAAUUUGGCGGCAACUUGUACGGCACGACGGCCAAAGCCGUACAAAGCGUGCAGGACGAGCAGCAUCGCCGUGCAAUUUUGGACAUUGACACGCAAGGCGUGAAGCUGAUCAAGGCGCAUCAUGCCUACUUGGACCCCGUCUAUGUAUUUAUCUCCCCUCCCCAGUACACCAUCCUGAAACAGCGACUGGAAUCGCGGAAUACGGACACGGACGAAGCCAUUUCCCGUCGAUUGCGUAUGGCCAUACAUGAAUUGCGCAAUGCACGCACUCCUGGUGCAUUUGACUACAUUAUUAUCAAUGACGACCUCGAUCGCGCCUACAAACUGCUGCGCGCCGUGUGUCUCGGCGAGACAAACGGCUUGGUAUGCGACGCGAUGCCAGCGCGCGAUAUGGAAGAAGACGCGGCUGAGCAAUCUUUCUUGCACGACGGCGAGACACUGUAG